CUUCGAGGAAGUUAUUUUAGCUCUUCUUACAUGUGAAAAUGAUGGGUGUAUUAUAUAAGUUGUGUGAGUGAAAUGAAAACCAUCAUUCAAUUAUUUCAAUAGAAACAGAGAUAGAAAACAUGGGAAGAUAUUACAAAUGUGUAGUACUUUUGGUGUUGAUUGAAAUUGCACAAAUAUGCUUGUGUGUAAAUUCAAACAUCCCCUGUAUUGAAAAAGAGAGGCAAGCCCUUCUCAAUUUCAAAGCAUCCAUUGCACAUGAUUCACCAAACAAGCUUUCAUCAUGGAAAGGCACUCACUGUUGCCAAUGGGAAGGCAUUGGUUGUGACAAUGUUACUAGACAUGUUGUCAAACUUGAUCUCAUGAAUCCUUGUCACCAACCAUUUUGGUCGCGAGAAGAAGAACAUUUUGGUCACUACUAUUUGUACAAUUUGGACGAUUACAUGCCUUGUUCACCAAUAGUUGCUCCAAAUGUGAGCUCAUCUUUGUUGCAAUUGGAACACUUGACUUAUUUGGACUUGUCUGGAAAUAAUUUCAGUGGGAGUCCAAUUCCUAUGUUCUUGGGUUCCAUGGGACGCCUUGAGUAUCUCUCUCUGUCUCAUGCUCGUCUUAGCGGGAGGAUUCCCAACAGUCUCAGAAAUCUCAAGAACCUACGAUUCCUUGAUCUCAGCUUCAAUUACUAUUACCUUACGCAAUUUGAAGAGAGAGAAUUACAAAUGGAUGACGGCACCAGUUGGAUUUCAAACCUUCACUCACUCAAACACCUUGACUUGAGUGGUAUUCGUCUCAAUGACACGCGCAACUUGUUCCAGGUACUCAAUACACUUCCUUCUUUAUUAAAUCUUUCACUGUCUGGAUGUAGAGUUGACAAUUCACUCAUUCCUCGUUAUGCUUUCCAAAACAUGACAUCUCUUAUCUAUCUUGAUCUCUCAUCAAAUGAGCUUCAUGGUCCGAUUCCUGAGUCUUUUGGAAACAUGACUUCCAUUGAAUCACUCUACCUUUCUGGAAAUAAUUUCACUUCUAUUCCAUUAUGGUUCGGUCACUUUGAGAAACUUACCCUUCUUGACCUUUCUUAUAAUGGGCUUUAUGGUCAAAUACCUCAUGCUUUCACGAACUUGUCAUCCCUGGUGCAUCUCAGUAUUUACUACAACUAUCUUGAUUCAGGUUCAUCAUUUUCGUUCAAUAACCUAAGAAAGCUUUUGUAUCUUGAUCUUGAAUAUAACAGGCUUUACGGUCCAAUUCCUGAGGGUUUUCAAAACAUGACCUCCAUUGAAUCCCUCUACCUUUCGACAAACAAUUUCACAUCGGUUCCGCCGUGGUUUUUCAUCUUUGGGAAACUUACUCAUCUUGGUCUUUCUACCAAUGAGCUUCAUGGUCCAAUUCCAGGGGUUUUUCGAAACAUGACUUCAAUUGAAUACCUUAGCCUUUCUAAAAAUAGUUUAACUUCAAUUCCAUCAUGGUUUGCUGAGUUGAAGAGACUUGUGUACCUUGAUCUUAGCUGGAAUAAACUCACUCAUAUGGAAUCUUCUCUAUCAUCAAUCAUAACAAACAUGUGCAGCCUAAAAUAUUUAUAUUUAUCUGAAAACAAGCUUCAAGGAGAAUUAAUGGGGCACUUUGAAUUAUCUGGAUGCAAUAGAUAUGAUAUGGAGGUACUGGAUUUAAGCUAUAAUGAUAUCAGUGAUCGCCUGCCAACUUGGUUGGGUCAGCUUGAAAAUCUAAAACUCCUUGGUUUUGGUUCAAAUUUUCUACAUGGACCUAUCCCCUUGUCUAUAGGAAAGCUGUCAAAGUUGGAAGGGGUAUAUCUAUCCAAUAAUUUAUUAGAAGGGGUCCUUUCGAGUAAUAUUCGACAACUUGUCAAUUUAACUUACUUAGAUCUUUCUUCUAAUAAAUUUGAUGGUUCCAUCCCUCAAAGUCUCGGGAAACUUGCAAAACUAAAUUCUCUUGAUCUUUCAGACAAUUCCUUUAAUGGGAUUAUUCCUCAAAGUAUCGGUCAACUUGUCAAUUUAGCUUACUUAGAUCUUUCUUCUAAUAAGUUGGAUGGUUCCAUCCCUCAAAGUCUAGGGAAACUUACACAUAUAGAUUAUCUUGAUCUUUCAAACAAUUCUUUUAAUGGGUUCAUUCCUGAAAGUUUUGGUCAACUUGUCAAUUUGGAAUAUUUAGAUAUUUCUUCAAACAAGUUGAAUGGAAUAAUGUCUAUGGAAAAAGGAUGGCAUUUAAACUUGAGGUAUUUGAAUCUCUCCCAUAAUCAAAUAAGCGGUUCAAUUCCAAAAAAUAUUGGCCAUAUAAUGUUGUCUUUGGAAAACUUGUUUCUAAGAAAUAACCGCUUAAAUGGUUCAAUACCAAUCUCUUUGUGUCAAUUUCAACUGAGCAACCUUGAUCUUUCAAAGAACAAUUUAUCCGGAGAAAUUCCAAAUUGUUGGGAGAAUAAUCAAGUAUGGUCUGAGAUAAAUUUGUCAUCCAACAAACUAACUGGAGCAUUUCCAAGCUCAUUCGGGAAUCUUUCCUCACUGUAUUGGUUGCAUUUGAAAGAUAACAACCUUCAAGGAGAGCUUCCAGGGUCUUUUAGAAAUUUGAAGAAAUUGUUGAUUUUGGAUCUUGGUAACAAUCAACUAUCUGGAAGUAUACCAUCAUCAUGGACAGCAAACACCUUCCCUUCAUUGCAAAUUCUUAUAUUGCGACAAAAUAUGUUUAGCGCUAGUAUUCCUUCACAACUAUGUCAACUCAAAUCACUCCAAAUUCUGGACCUCUCUAGAAACAAAUUGCAAGGUUCAAUACCUCGAUGCAUAGGAAACCUUGAAGGAAUGACAUUGGGAAAAUCAACAUCAUCAUCAGUUCAUAUGCAGUCAUACAAUUUAAUAGCAGAUGCUCCUCAGACAUGGUCAAAUGAGUUUCUUACAGAUGUCAAUGCAUUACCUCCUAGUACUCCGGUUGAUUGGCCUAGUCAAUUUGUCACGGAAGUAGUGAAAGGAACAGAACUUGAGUAUACCAAAAUAUUGGAGCUUGUGGUCAACAUGGACUUGUCACAAAACAAUUUGGUUGGAUUCAUUCCAAAUGAAAUCACAUGGCUCACAGGACUGCAUGGCUUGAACUUGUCAAGAAAUCAUUUGAAAGGAGAGAUUCCUCAAUUGAUGGGACGCAUGAAAUCACUAGAAUCCUUGGACCUGUCUCAUAACCAACUUUCAGGCACAAUUCCCAGUACCAUGUCUGCUUUAACUUCAUUGAGUCAUUUGAACUUGUCGUACAAUAACCUUUCAGGAUCAAUUCCCAAAGAUAAUCAGUUUUUAACUUUGGAUGACCCGUAUAUUUAUGCCAACAAUCCAUACCUUUGUGGAUCUCCACUCCUAAAUAAGUGUCCUGGUCAUAUUUCACAUGGAACUUCUCAAACAAAAGGUGAUGAAGAUGAAGAUGAAGAUGGGGUAGAAAAAGUAUGGUUCUACUUCGUCAUAGCGCUCGGUUUUGCAACUGGCUUAUGGGGAGUUAUUGGCACUUUGUGGUUCAAGAAGAAUUGGAGACAUGCUUACUUCAGAUGGGUUGAAGAUAUUGUUGACGAGAUUUAUGUGGCAGUUGUAAUAAAAGUGGCAAAGAAAAAGAAGAAUAUGAUAAGAAACCAUAACCACGAGUGAUUCUGUGUUAUGUUUCAAAUGAGAAUAAGGUUCAGACCACACUUUGUAUUUGUUUUCUUGUGAGUAAAUUUCUUCUUUGUAAUUGUUUGAAUGUAUUGUUUUUCCUUCAUCAUUUGAGUCACUAAACUCAUCUUUGUUGUCUUCAACGCUUGUGUCAUCGAUGUCACAAUCAAACCACAAUCACAAGUGUGUAUUUUUAUAGAUGAAAAUCACAUAAUUGUUUUA